AAUCUGUUGUUUUGAUUUGUUCCGUAUUUUCAUUCAAACAGGUUAUGUUGAAGUUUACAAAAUUUGACGUUACAUUGCUUGAAUAUCGGAUUAUUGUUUUGAGUGAUAUUUAUUAAGAAAAUAAGUUUAGUGUAACCUGUUUUAGCUUUUAGAAACUAUUGAGCUUUGUAAAUAAGUUACAUAUUUAAUUUAUUAUAUGUUAGUUUGGAGUAGCCUAGGACAAGUGCAUUAUUAAGUAGAACUAUAAACUGAAUUGACUAAUGGUAACAUAGCCAAAACUAUUAUCAACAUGGAUAGAACCAAAAUAAAGAAAGACACACCCACUAAAUCUACAAGUAUCAAGACUGAGAAACUAAUUUACGACAAAAAGAUAACAGAUAAAAAGGAUGGAGAUCAGAAUGCUAAAAAAUAUUUGGUUAUAUCACCAGACUCCAUCUCAUCAAUGGCAGAAACCAUAGGAAUUGCUGAUUUAUCCGAAGAAGUAUGCUCAGCACUGGCUGAGGAUGUUUCAUAUAAACUAAGAGAAAUUAUACAUAAUUGUUCCGUUCUUGUGCAUAAUAACAAAAGAAGAAAACUUCUAACGGAGGAUGUCAAUAGAGUGCUACAGGUCUCAAAUGCUCCUACUGUAUAUGGACACUCAGUAGCUCAUGAAGUCGACUUCACUUAUAUCCCCAAAGCUGAAGUGUUUGUAGAGAAUGACUCGGAGAUCGACAUUGUGGCAAUGUCAUCAGUGAUCACAGCAUUUACAAAAUCUGGAGAGGAAUAUGUCAAAGGCUGCUGGUUGUCACCUGAUCCUGUGGAGAGUUCUGUGACAAAGGACGUCAAGGAGGAGCCAUCUACGUCAGGACCAGAGACUCCCAGUGCUGGAAGCUCUACAGCCACCUCCACAGCUGCUAGCUCUGGAGCUGCCAGACCUCCCACUCCGCAACCUGCACUACUCAAACCUCCCUCGCACUUCAUCAACUACUACCUGCAACUCGCAAGAGUGGUAAUAGGUGGCUCUGAGCCACACCUGCGGGUAGCCUUGACUGAUCUACGAACCAACUCCAAGAUCCGACCAUUAGUACCGUAUUUCCUCAACUUAGUAGCUCUAUCUGUGAACAAAUUACAGCGCAAUGGUCGACUCACUGAUGCGCUCCUACGGACUGUCGAAGCACUUGUGGAUAACCCGCACGUUGACCCCAGCUCUCAACUCGCUGUGAAUAGAGCAGUGAAUGCCUUACUUGUUGUCGCCAUAGAACCCAAAGCAGCUAAGAACUCUGACGAUCUUCUCCUUCGCAAACGAGCAGCGUAUCUUCUAGCAAAGGUGUUGAUCUGCUGGAGUAUAGAGCUGAAACAGCAGAUGGACAUCGUUCGACAGUUGUUACAAACUGUUCUGGAUGGCAGCAUCUCACUCAAAUCACACUAUGGCGCAGUGGUAUGCCUGACUGCUCUGGGUCAACGUACACUCGACUCGUACUUCUGGCCAAUCCUGGAGCGUUACAUCAAUGUACUACGGGACCACAAGACCUCUCCGGCUGACGCGCAGGACGUGGAAUCUGUUAAGGGUGCCAUCAUGGUCAGUAACAUUUUAAUUGUGCCACCCACGGACAUACAGGCAACUAUGAGAUUUUAAGGGUGUGGAGUAUAA